GUAUCCAUAAGUUGGCUUGAAGCCAAGCUUAUUAGCAAGUUAAGAAAGGGAACCAAAGAGACUGCAAAUUGAAGAUGCUUCAGAUCCGUCUUAGCAAGGGUUCAUCUAUAGAAAGUGGGGGAGGAGCAAAGCCCUUGCCAGCAGACACUGUGACUGUUGCGUGCCCUGACCACCUUGUCCUUGCUGAUCUUCCUGUUGCCAAGAGCCUUGGCAAUGUUACUGCAGCUUCCCUUGUCAAGACUGUUGGCCGCAGAUCUCGUCGACAACUUGGUGAUCGAGUCCAUUUCUGCGUCCGUUGUGAUUUUCCCAUUGCGAUCUAUGGCCGCUUGAGUCCUUGUGAGCAUGCCUUCUGUCUUGACUGCGCUAGGAGUGAUUCCAGCUGUUAUCUUUGUGAUGAACGAAUUCAGAAAAUUCAAACUAUUAAAAUGAUGGAAGGCAUCUUCAUCUGCGCAGCCCCUCACUGUCUGAAGUCCUUCCUGAAGAGAUCUGAAUUUGAAUCUCAUAUUCAUGAGAGCCAUGCUGACCUCCUUCAACCCAACACAGAAAAAGAAGAUGUCAAUGAAUCAGAUGCUUUCAAUAUGGCGAGGCAGCACUCAGUAGAUGCACAUGUCAGACAAUCUACACCUGCAGAUUCGUCCAUUGCCCGUUCCCUACAGAGGCCUGUUUUUUCACCCAAUUCAAAUUCUCAGCCCCAUGAUUCUGAUGACAAACGUGGUCGCCACCAACCCAGAGAACCGCCACCUACCAAGCCAGUUAUACAUUCAAAGCCACCACCAUUUUAUGCUCGACAGCAAGGCCAACCAUCUGAUGUACAGCCUGAUAACAACCCACCCCAAUCCUUUGAUGGGCCUGGUCCCUAUGGCCGAUUCCAUCACCAACAGAGUUUUGACUCCCAAACUGGCCCAUAUUAUCGGAGAGAUGUUGAUCAGUUUCCAGACAAGCAGCAAGGAGUCAUGUCCGAAACCAGCUUCCCAGAGUACCCACAUAUGCAUUCCCAUCAGCCACCUAAUUUUGUUGUGCCAGUUAAUGCAAAUCAGGGGAUGCCUCCUCACCCUCCAUAUAGCUAUCCUCUUCCUCCUGAGGGGGCUCAGCCUUUCCACAAUCCACACUAUGAGGUAGCACGAUCAGAUUUAGCAUCAGAAGGUGGCCCGGAACAGGGUUCGUUGUUGGGUUUUCCACCAGGUCCAGUAGGUGGUGGCUUCCCUGACAGUUAUCCUCGUCCGUGGAAUAUAGGCCCUACAAGUGUACCUUUUGAACCAACUGGAGGUCAAGGAAUUCCCGAAGGUUUCACAAACUCAGCAGAUUCUCAAGGUAGAGCUGCAUUCUUUCAAGGUGAUUAUGGACGGUUUCCAGUUAUGCCCCUGAAUCCUCUGCCUCCACCUGGUGGAAGUAAGGGUUUAGAACCACUGAACAGCAGUGGUGCUUUGGAUCACAAAGAAGGCAAAGGUGUGUUGGCACCACAGCCAUUGCAACCACCAAUGCCAAUCCCACCUCACUUGUCACAGAUGAAGCGGGGUAAGUUCUCAAAUUCUGGUGAUACUGGACGGGAGGGGCAGGGUUAUGCGUGGCAAAAUGAAAGGCGUGAUGGCUUUGGAAGCAGCCAGGACUAAGAAUGGUUCUCAUCUUUUUGAGUCCCUGUAUCAGUGCUAAAAUACUUUUUUAUUCAAUUAAUUUUUAAUGUGUCAAUGAUCUGAUAGCUUGUUA